CGUCACUUAAUUAGUGGGUUUAAAUACUAGCCUUUUUAAGUAUGUAGCAGUCCUAGCUUGGUGCUAUGUGCAAGGGAGAACAACGACUUUCAGAUCAGUCUCACACCUUGUAGAAGAUCAGUUAGACGCCACAAUCCCAUUCUGUAGUCCAAUAUAACCAAGACGUUCACAGAAAAACAAGUUGCUAUGGCAUCAAUGAAUCGCUCAUCGUCCUCAAGUGGUAAUGGUAAUGUUCCUCCGGAGAAGCACGAAGUGUUCAUCAGCUUCAGAGGAGAAGACACUCGCAAGGGCUUCACGAGCCAUCUCAACGCUGCUUUCAGGAGGAACGACAUCAGAACCUACAUGGACUACAACCUCGAGAGAGGAGACGAAAUAUCUACCACUCUCCUCAAAGCCAUUGAGGAUGCUCAGCUCUCUGUUAUUGUUUUCUCCAAGAACUACGCUAAUUCCAAGUGGUGUCUGGACGAGCUCCUCAAGAUCCUUGAAUGCAAGAGAUCCAGAGGCCAGGUAGUGUUGCCGGUCUUCUACGACAUCGAUCCCUCCUUCGUGCGUAACCAGAUAGCAAGUUAUGCAGAAGCAUUUGAGAAACAUGAGCAGAGAUUUAGGCAUGACUUGACCAAGGUCCAAAAAUGGAGAGACGCUCUGACAGAAGCCGCUAGUUAUUCUGGUUGGGAUUGUACCAUCAACAGGAUGGAAUCAGAACUGGUUGAGGAAAUAGUGAAGGAUGUGUUGGAGAAACUGAACAGAGUGUAUGUGGGAGACCUGGAUGAGCAGAUCGCCAAGUAUGAACAGCUUGCACAGCUCCAGAACGAGUAUGCACGCAAAUUACCCAGUAUUCAAAACUUUCAGCAGGUUGAAAUCACAAAGCAACGCAUCGUUCAGCUUCAGAUGGAGAGAAAUCUUCGCAUGCUUCGUCUCACUCCUGACAUGGUUUCUGAAAUCCAACAAUCAUCUCCACCCAAUAAUUAUCGUUUUUCUAGCUCGAUCUCUCCCGUGAUGAAAUGUCAAGAUUGUUAUAAUAGAAUUCAGGUUUAUAAGCUUUUGUUUUGUUCUAUUGUUUAAACGGAUACAUUUGUGUACUGUUGACUACUUCUAUAUGGCUUCAGCAUCAAUUUCAUUUGAUGCAUUUUUA